CUACGGAGUGACGUCGGCGUUAAGAAGAAGAUGGCGGCGCCAGGAAAGGCGGAAGGUGUAUCGCAGUGUGGUCCUCUGUGGUGAAUGUGAGGUGUGUGUAGUGCCGCUGGUUGGAGUGUUGGAGUGAGCCGUGCAAUCAUCAUGAACAAUAAGGAGAGAGAGAGAGAGAGAGAGAGCACAACAGAGUCAGAGAACAUUGGAGGCCAGAUGAAGGUGUUUCUACCUAACCAGUUGUUGGAGCGUCUCCCUCUAACCACCUCCCUACCCAAGGAGAGACUACGAUGGAACACUAACGAGGAGAUUGCGUCCUACUUGAUUUCAUUUGACAGACAUGAAGAGUGGCUAUCCUGCUCGCUCAAGACCAGGCCCCAGAACGGCAGCAUCAUCCUGUAUAACAGGAAGAAGAUCAAGUACAGGAAGGAUGGCUACUGCUGGAAGAAGAGGAAAGAUGGAAAGACCACGAGAGAAGACCACAUGAAGCUCAAAGUACAGGGCAUAGAGUGUCUCUAUGGGUGCUACGUCCAUUCUUCUAUCGUCCCAACAUUCCACAGGAGGUGCUACUGGCUGUUGCAGAACCCAGACAUGGUGCUGGUUCACUACCUGAAUGUUCCGUCGCUGGAGGAUCAUGGGAAGGCAUGCGGCCCAUUGCUGUGCGCCGUUGCCACCGCCGAGACUCACUACGCUGGAGCCGAGAUGAACUACUGGCUCACUCAAACCUAUGUGUUA